AUGUUGAUUUCAUUUCGUAUUUUGUUUGCUACCCUGAGCCGACAAGGCCUUCUUUGUUUUCUGGGAUUUGUAUUGAUGUUGCUGAACUUCCUUUGCUCAUUCGCAGAUGCCGAUGGGAAGCAAGCAUUGGCAGUUCAUUGGGAACCACCUCCGGAAAGUGCUUACAAGUGGAAACACAAACAUCCUCUCAAGCCUAAGUCAUUGCGCAUAUAUGAAUGUCACGUCGGUAUCUGCAGCCAGGAACCAAAAGUUUCUUCUUUCAGUGAUUUUAUUAGCAAGGUUCUUCCACAUGCAAAAGAAGCUGGAUACAAUGCAAUACAAUUAAUUGGAGUUGUUGAGCACAAGGAUUAUUUCACUGUUGGAUAUAGAGUGACAAACUUUUAUGCUGUUAGUAGCCGUUUUGGCACACCGGAUGACUUCAAGCGCUUGGUUGAUGAAGCACAUGGGCUUGGACUGCUUGUCUUUUUGGAGAUUGUGCACUCUUAUGCAGCAGCAGACGAAAUGGUUGGAUUAUCUCUUUUUGAUGGAACAAAUGACUGCUAUUUCCAUACUGGUAAACGUGGAAAUCACAAAUUCUGGGGCACACGAAUGUUCAAAUAUGGAGAUCUUGAUGUUCUACACUUUCUUCUUUCAAAUCUGAACUGGUGGGUGGAGGAGUAUCAUGUUGAUGGAUUCCAUUUUCAUUCACUCUCAUCCAUGCUGUAUACACACAAUGGAUUUGCUUCAUUUACUGGUGACAUGGAUGAGUACUGUAACCAGUAUGUUGACAAGGAGGCCUUAUUGUACCUCAUAUUAGCAAAUGAAGUAUUGCAUGCUCUUCACCCAAAUGUGAUCACGAUUGCCGAGGAUGCAACCCUGUAUCCGGGACUUUGUGACCCAACUUCUCAAGGUGGACUGGGCUUUGAUUAUUUUGUGAAUCUUUCUGCCUCGGAGAUGUGGCUUGCAUUACUUGAAAAUACUCCUGAUCAUGAAUGGUCCAUGAGUAAGAUUGUUAGCACAUUAAUGGGUGGCCGACAAAAUGUUGAUAAGAUGCUUUUGUAUGCUGAAAAUCACAACCAGUCCAUUUCUGGAGGUCGCUCAUUUGCAGAAAUACUGAUUGGUAACUCCUCGCGAAAAUCUCCUGCAUCACAAGAGUCAUUCCUUAGAGGCUGCUCGUUGUACAAGAUGAUCAGAUUAAUUACAUCUACAAUUGGUGGUCAUGCAUACCUCAACUUCAUGGGCAAUGAAUUUGGUCAUCCAAAGAGGGUUGAGUUUCCCAUGCCAAACAACAAUUUCUCAUUUUCACUAGCUAACCGUCAGUGGGAUCUGUUGGAAAAUGACGUACAUAAUCAAUUGUUCUCAUUUGAUAAGGAUAUGAUGGACUUGCAUGAAAAUGGGAGAAUUUUGUCUCGAGGUCUUGCCAACAUUCACCAUGUCAAUGAUACUACCAUGGUGAUUUCUUACUUGAGAGGCCCCAAUCUCUUUGUGUUCAACUUUCAUCCUGUCAAUGCAUAUGAAAGAUACACUAUAGGUGUGGAAGAAGCUGGAGAGUAUCAAGUCACAUUAAAUACAGAUGAAAAGAAGUAUGGCGGUAGAGGACUGAUUGGACAUGAUCAUAUUGUUCAAAGAACCAUUAGUAGAAGAGCUGAUGGAAUGAGAUUUUGCUUGGAAGUGCCUCUACCAAGUAGAAGUGCUCAGGUCUACAAGUUGACUCGAAUUCUUAGAGUAUGAUUGUUCUAGUUGUCAAACUUCAUACUAUGAGGUGAACGGAAGAAAGAGCUUUGCCCAUUAUACUGAUCAGUCAGCGCCUCUUCGAAGAUGUGAUUCUUGAGAACAAGCUGUUGGCAAGUCAGUUAUCAUGAACUUUUUGUCUUCGACAUCUGGACGUGCAAAUGGGGCAUGGAAGAAAAUGUUGGCUCUGCCAUUGGGGCCAAAAGCAUCUACUGACAAUCGCAAACCAGAUUUAAGAUUUCAUAGGUCUUGAGCGAAACCAUUAGUCAGUUUAUGGUUAUGAGGGCAACAAAGUCAAGUUUUGACGGAGAAAGAUGAUCAUCACUUUAUGAGGAAGUAACCAAUAAGAUCUUCUUUUGGAAUUACCAGUGUAUAUAAGAGCAUUCAAAUCGAUGAGAAACUUCAAUUUGACAUCGGAUAUUUAGUCAUCCCUUUAAACAUUGUGUUUGCCAAGUAAUUGAUUCAAGAUCUCCAGACUCCAGAAGGUGUUUGUAAAUCGUGUGUUUCUAGUUAAUGUUUAUUUACAAAAGUGUAUGUGAUAGAGGAUUAAGGGACAGAAAAGAAAAAGAAAACCGUGAAGACCUUCUCUGGUAGUUUUCUAUGGAGUAUUUGGAGAAUUUUUGAAAUA